AUGGAUGACUGUUAUUUCAACGCCAUGGACAGAGCCUCAGAAAAAUUCAGAAAUAAGUUCAAGGCCGCCUUCGACAUGUUCGACACCGACGGUGGCGGUGACAUCAGCACCAAGGAGUUGGGCACCGUGAUGAGGAUGCUGGGCCAGAACCCGUCAAGGGAGGAGCUGGAUGCCAUCAUUGAGGAGGUCGAUGAGGACGGCAGCGGUACAAUUGACUUCGAGGAGUUCUUGGUCAUGAUGGUGCAACAGCUAAAGGAGGACCAGGCUGGAAAGAGUGAAGAAGAGCUUUCAGAAUGCUUCCGUAUUUUUGACAAGAAUGGAGAUGGUUUCGUUGACCGGGAGGAGUUUGGAGAAAUCCUCCAUCUCACUGGAGAGCCAGUGGUGGAGGAGGAUAUUGAUGAGAUGUUUGGUGAAGGGGACACAAACAAAGACGGAAAGAUUGAUUUUGAUGAGUUCCUGAAGAUGAUGGAGAACGUCCAGUAG